AGAAAAUUUUUGUGACGUGGUGCCAUGUCUUCUCGCACCGCCGCUACAUGUUUCUGUGUCUGUCUGUCUCUCGGAGUGUCCACUACGCCCACAACCGCGCCACCGCCCGUGCAGCCGUCCACAGACCCCAUCGUGGAGUCCCGCAACGAGGCGACGAGCAGCAGCAGCAACGUCCUGGACUCCUUUCGAGAGCGAGAUAAAGGUUCCAAGUACCUGUCGAGUCUCAACGACAUCAACAAGUCGGAACACAAGUCGCUGGACGCUGGUGGUAAAGGUCCAAGACAAGAAUGGCCGCCGAGCACAGCAUCUGGAUGCGCCCCGCUCCUGCCGUGGUGCUGGGCCCUGCUCUUCGUCGCCAUCCUGGCCAGGGUCACGGCCCACGUCGAGCACGCGCCCUGGUGAGCGCCCCGGUGGUGUGAGCGCCCUGUGAGGCGCGCCCUGUGAGGCGCGCCCUGGUGAGCGACCCGCGGCCAGCGGCGAGCCGGCCCCCACGUCUGGGGACGCCCGGGGGACGUCAUCGCCAUCUGCGACCCAGGAGGUGUUGUGCGCAGCACCUGUGGAGAAGAAUUCUGCCGUUGAGGUGAACCUGUGAGGCAGUGGGCAUGCUGGACAUGUGUGAUGGAGAGCUGCUGCUGUUGUUGUUGUUGUUGUUUAUGGAGUGACGUUACGUCUUGUCGCUGGAAGACAAGUGGUGUCAUUGUGGUGGUGGUGAACUGGUCUCACGCCAGACACCUCGCACAAAUAUAUGUGAGGGUGAGGAACAGUCAAGUGAAGGGGAUCGACUAAGAUUGUGUUACUUCACUGAGGGUGACGCCGUUUCCUCCCCGAUAAUUUGGAAAAUAAAAAAGAAGACAGAGAUAAGUUCACAAAUAUUGCGAAAUUUACAAAGCGGUUGUAAUUCGCAAACAUAUUUUGAACUGUGUACUCAAUAGACCAAAAAGAAAAUUUCUCCGCACCGCAAUAUACGCUCGUUGUGCCUUAAUAAUAGUUAAUUUAGCAUUUUGAAAUGUACAAAAAAAGUUGUCGCCCCCCAGCCGUGCUCUGCAAGCGAGACGGGCCUAGGCUAGGCGG